GACGAACGCGUAGCUCUGCGGCGCUCCGCACAUCUACGCACGCAGGACUCGAGUCGGCCUUGAUCCUCUCGCCGAAUUACACUUUUGAACGUCACAGGUCCACUCUGUCUAAGCUGGAGUGGCUGACAUGAGUGACACUCUUGAAUUCAAUGAAAUUUAUCAGGAGGUCAAGGGCAGCUGGAAUGAUGGCCGUCUGCGCUUCAGUAAGCAGACAGUGGUGUUUAAAAACAAUAAGACCGGGAAGGUGGACAGCAUUGGGGUCUCCGAGCUCACUCAGGCCCAGUGGAGGAGAGUCUGUCUGGGUCACGGCAUCAAACUGUGCACCACCACUGGUCACAUCUACAAAUAUGAUGGCUUCAAAGACACUGACCUUGACAAGAUCUCUGAGUACUUCAAAGCCAACUACAAAGUGGAGCUGAUGGAGAAAGAUAUGUGUGUGAAGGGCUGGAAUUGGGGAACAGCUAAAUUUAAUGGGCCGUUGCUUUCAUUCGAGGUAAAUGACAGUCCUGCAUUUGAGAUUCCACUCUCCAGUGUAUCCCAGUGUGCAACAGGAAAGAAUGAGGUCACGGUGGAGUUUCAUCAGAAUGAUGACACAGAGGUAUCCCUCAUGGAGGUGCGCUUCUACGUCCCCCCCAGCACAGGAGAUGAAGGUUCAGACCCUGUGGAGGCAUUUGCUCAGAACGUUUUGUCCAAAGCAGAUGUCAUCCAGGCCACAGGAGAUGCUGUGUGUAUCUUCAGAGAGUUGCAGUGUCUCACACCUAGGGGCAGAUACGAUAUCCGUAUUUAUCCGACAUUCCUCCAUCUGCAUGGUAAGACGUUUGACUACAAGAUCCCAUACACCACAGUGCUCCGCCUUUUCCUGUUGCCUCAUAAAGACCAGCGGCAGAUGUUCUUUGUGAUCAGUCUGGACCCACCCAUUAAACAGGGUCAAACCCGCUACCAUUUUCUCAUUCUUCUGUUCUCCAAAGAAGAGGACAUCAGCCUCACUCUCAACAUGAACGAGGAUGAGGUGGAGAGACGUUUUGAAGGAAAACUUAAUAAAAACAUGUCUGGCUCUCUCUAUGAGAUGGUAAGCAGAGUCAUGAAGGCCCUGGUCAACAGGAAGAUCACAGUGCCUGGAAAUUUCCAAGGUCACUCAGGAGCUCAGUGUAUAACAUGUUCAUAUAAGGCCACUUCAGGGCUGUUGUAUCCUUUGGAAAGAGGUUUUAUCUAUGUGCACAAGCCUCCGGUGCACCUCCGCUUUGAAGAGAUCGCCUGCGUGAACUUCGCCCGUGGAACCACCACCACUCGCUCUUUCGAUUUUGAGAUUGAGACCAAGCAGGGCAAUCAGUACACCUUCAGCAGCAUCGAGAGGGAAGAAUAUGGGAAACUCUUUGACUUCGUCAAUGCUAAGAAGUUAAGCAUCAAGAACAGAGGCUUUAAAGAGAAAAAGGGGAUGAAAGGUAAUGACAACAUGUACAGCGACUCGGACGACGACCAGCAUGAUGCGUACCUGGAGCGCAUGAAAGAAGAGGGCAAGAUCCGUGAGGAGGGCAAUGACAGUGACGACUCAGAGGGCGAGAGUGAUGAAUCUUUUAAUCCUGGAGAAGAAGAUGAUGAUAUAGCAGAGGAGUAUGACAGUAAGGCCUCUGCCAGUGAAAGCAGCGCUGAUGGCGGGGACAGUGAUGAAGACCGAAAGAAGAAACCAGCCAAGAAAGCUAAAUUUGUAAAAGAAAGAAAACCACGCAAGAAAGAGAAAAAGGCAAAGGAUAUUAACGCCCCCAAGAGGCCAAUGAGUGCCUACAUGCUCUGGUUGAACUCUAGCAGAGACCGCAUUAAAUCAGAGAACCCAGGCAUCUCUGUCACAGAAAUCUCAAAAAAAGCUGGGGAAAUGUGGAAACAAAUCACCAAAGACAAGAAAGAGGAGUGGGAAGGAAAAGCAGAGGAAGCAAAGAAAGACUAUGAGCGAGCCAUGAGAGAGUACAAGGAGAGUGGUGGAGGAUCCUCAAGCAGCUCUAAAAAGGAGAGGAAAAAGAAAGGAGGGAAGAAUGAAGAAAAGAAGAAAAAGAAGUCAGGCGGUGGGAAGGAGAAAGAGAAGGAACGAGUAACAGGCAACGACAGCUUUAAGAGUCGAGAGUUCAUAUCCAGUGAAGAGAGCUCAUCAGAGUCAGAAAGAGGGAAGGGACGGAAGCGCAAGGGGUCUGAUGAUGAAGAAGAAGCGGUCAGUACACCGCCAAGCUCUGAGGAGUCUGGCUCAGACUGAAAGACACUAAUGAAAGACAUAAACAGGGGGAGAGGGAAAAAAAACCUUUCUUAUACUUCUUUCAUCAUUUCAGUGUACAUGACCUGAUGAAAUCCUGAUAGUACAUGUAUUCAAAAACACUUGUGUAUUUAGGGGUCUAGACUUCUCCUAGACCGUUUGUCCGAUUUUCACCAAAAUCUCCAGACUGUGCCGACAAAAUGUUAUGGAUUUUAUCUCAAUAGAUGAAACUGUUUUCGUAUACCGCAGCAGCAAAGUUGAGGCAUGAUGCCAACAUGACUAUUCAGGCUUUAUUUCUGCAAUGCCUUGACAUAUUGACACCAAACUUAACAUGUGUCAUUGUCACCUCACUCUGACCACACCACAUCAAUUUCGUAAUUGAGCCACCGAUUGGUCGAAAGUCCAAAUGGUCAAACCGCUAGAUCAUAUUAUUAGUGACUGUAUAUAUGAUUAUUCAGCCAUUUUGCCUAAAAUCAUCUUAAAUUGUAUUUAAUUGCUCCUUGCUGCAGUUGGUCUGACACUCCUGGCCACGUUGGCUUGUCUUUUCAUCUUCUUUACACUUGGGCCCGAUAAUUGCUGCUUGCAGCUAUAUUUAACUUUGGUAUUGUUGACUCCAUAGAAUAGCUCACCAAAAAUGAGCUAUUAAAUUCUGUCAUUAACUGACCCUUAUGUCAUUUUAAACCUGUAUGAUUAUUUUUUUUCCUGAAUGAAGUUCAAAGACGCCAUAGAAGUAUUAUAAAAAUAGCCCAUACAACCAUAACAUUAUAUUCCAAGUCUUGCAGAGCUAUUACUAUAGCUUUGUGCGAGGAACAGCGAAAAUGUUGUUCACUGAAUUCACCCUAGCUUUAGCUCAUUCAGGAGAUAAGAAGUGAUGUCUUAUUUAUUAACAAAUCAUUUGUUUGAGCUAUUUUCAAUAAAUCGGUUGAUCCAAUUCUUAAAUAGGUUUUUAUGAAUCGGAAUUGGCAUUUCAUACAUGUUUGGAACAACACAAGGGUAAACUAUUCCUUUAAAUAAGAGUUUAUUCAUUUUAUCUUGUCCUGGACUUGUUCUUAUCACUAUGUUUAUCUGUUUGUACAGACAUAUUUUACAGUGCUGUUUUCCAAACAGAAUAGAAACUGCAUCUUUGACACAUCUAUUGAGCUUGCUCUAUAUGUAUUUACAUUGAAUGACAGUUAUGAAACACAAAAAAUAGCUUAAAUCUAAAAUAUUUUUUUUUUUACAUUUGUAUUCACCUGGAAACAUAUUUGAUUUUGAUCCGAGCUCAACGUUUUUUUCUACAGUAUUUUGAAAUGUUUAGCGAACACAUUACUAAUUGUGCACGUUUGUUGAUGCAUUAAAUAAUCUACAUUUUAAAAAUA